AUGUCCUACUACGGCCACCCCUACGUCAUCACCCCCCAGGGCUACUACUAUGCCCCCCAGCAGGGCCAGCAGGCUCAGCUGGUUCAGCACGCCCAACAGCAGCAGGGCACCGACCUCGCCCUCGAAGAGCGCCAGGCGCUGGCAUACCUCCAGUCUGUCCGGCGUCGCCGUGAGGCCGCCGAGGCCGCCAUGGCUCUCGAGACCAAGGAGAGGCAGCGAGCCCAGGCCGAGCGCGAAAAGGCCCUUCGCGCCGCUGCCGAGCGACACAACGCCCUCAUCCAGGCUUCGCGUCGCGAGCGCGCCAUCCGCGAGGCUCUCGAACGCGAGCGCCAGCGCGAGGCCGCCUUCCAGCAAGCACUCCAAGCACACCAGGCGCAGCAGGUGCAGGCUUCCAUUGAGGCUGAGCGCCGUCGUCAGACCCAGGCUGCUGAGGCAUACGCACGCGCCCUCGCUGAACAUCGCCAGCGCGCCGCCCCGCGCCAGACUCCGGCCCCGGCCGCGCCGAUCGCCCAUGCCCACACCGAUGACGACGAGGUCGACCUCGAUGGUAUCAACGCUCUUUUAGGCCAGCUCUUCGGCUUCAACCUCGCCACUGAACCUACCGACGAGCCGCCCGCACCCAAGCCCAAGAAGGAGGAGGCAAAGAAGGCUGAGGCAAAGCCCGAGGCCCCUAAGGCUGAGCCCAAGGCUGUUGCCCCAACUCCUGCCCCAGCUCCUGCUGCUACUCCCAAGGCGGCAGCAUCCAAAGAGGUCGCUCCCAAGGAGGCGUCCAAGGAAGACGACACUGCCGAGCUCCCCGAGGACCUAAACGCCCUCCUCAACCAGUUCCUCGGCCUCAACGUCGGACCUGCCGCCGAGGGUGAGCGCGGUAACCCCAAGGCAUCGCAGCAGCUUGUCGGUAACGCUGUCGGCGACCUCAACUCAUUCCUUGCUCAGUACGGCCUCGAGUUUGUCCCCGAGUCCGAGUCCGAGUCCGAGGGCGAGGACGAGGCACCUAAGGCUGAGGUUAAGAAGGACGACGGGCCCAAGCCCAGGAUUGUCAACGAGGCUGGUUGGGCCGCGCUCCCCUCCGAGAACGACAAGAACGACAAGAACGCCCAGGCCACCACCGGGUGGGCGCAGCUCGAUGCUUCGAACAACGCCAACGCUCGCUCUGCAGCAACCACUGCCGCUCUUGCGAGCCCCGCAGCUCCUGCCGCAGACCCCAUAGCCCCCGCUACGCCAAAGAAGGAGGAACGUCCGCGCCAGGCCGCUUGCGAGCCCGACGAGGAGGCACCCUUCACCUCGACUCUUGGUAGCUACCAGGACCUGCCUCCUUACCUCCGCGAUGUUCUCUCCCAGAUGGAGGCCGCAAUGUGCGACGAGCACAGCGACGCCUGCUCGUGCGACACGACUACCAACACGCCCUGCGCGCACGGCUUGAACGGUCAGCCUUGUGCUGCACACCGUAAGCAGAAGCGCCGCGAGCGCGCGAUUGCCAAGAAGCGCGCUUCCAAGAACCGCCGGGAUGCUCGACGCGCAAAGAAGUACGGCUCUCAGGAAGAGAAGGACGCCGCCGGGAUCCCCUACGACGCGAGCCCGGACGACACUAUCCUCCACCACGACGUGUACUCUCAGGCAGCGGUUGCCGGUCACGCUGUUGAGCAUGAGGUCGCCGACGCAAACGUGAGCGCAGAGGAGGCGCGCAAUGAGGCCAUCCCCAAGGGCGAGCCUGGGUGGGCGGUCGACGAGCACCGCUCCGCUGCUGCCCAGGCCGCCGCUGUUGGCACGAGUCAGCUCCACGAACCCAAGCCUAUUCCUCCUCCUACCAAGGCUGCGAUCGACGCCAAGGAGGCCAAGAAGGAGGCGAUCCCAGCCGAGGCCACUCCCGCUGAUGUUGCCGCUCACCGCGAGGUUGCUGGCCAAGCCGCAGUCGAGGGGGCUGCUGAGCUCCACUCGCAGCUGCAUGCCAACGCAGCCGAUUUCCACCCCAAGUCUGAGAAGAAGCAGAAGCAACACAAGGACUUGAAGCCAUCCGGUCCCGAGGCCGAGAAGGCGAUCCAGAAGCUCAACGCCAUCUCGCAGCAGCUCCAUGCUACCCGCGACAAGUUUACUUUCCCCCGCUACCUCUCGUUCUCGCCUUCGCUUGCGGACGCCACCCAGCCACCCCUCCUCUACACGCGCAACAACCACGCAUACCACGCGCAGGCGCACAGCCUCAUGCAGCUGCUCCUGGCAGUUGACGACGUGCAGAGCCACGGCGACAAGGCCGUGCGCCACCGCCGCAAGGAGGUGGUCGCCGAGAUCCAGGGCGCGCUGAACGACCUCGAGAAGGGCCGCGACGCAAAGUGGGCCGAGGUCAAGGAGCGGCGGGAGCGCGGCGAGAGCGACGACGACGACGGAUGGGUCAUGACUGGUGACACGACCGACGUGACCAGCGACGUUGAGGGGUAG